AAGAAUAUAACAAUUGACAAAAAUUAAAAUUAUAAAGAUUUGAAUUGUUUUCGGAAUUUAGAAAGCUUAAUUCAACAUAAAGUGAAUAGAAAAAGUUAUUUAAAGGCUGUUUAAGUUUUGCUGACGUAUCAUAAUUUGCACUACAUAAAAGCAUGAAAAACUUGUCGCGAAAUUUCUUACCUCAAUUACUGCUUGUUAUACUUUGCAUAAUUAGCAGUUGCUCUAGCAUAAGUGACUUAAGUAAAAGCAUCAGUGAAGAAUUGCAAGAAAAUUUCAUUAUCAUUGACCAUCUGAAUGAUAAUGAAAAGGAGACGAGAUUUAAGUGGAAAGACCUCAUGGGAAAGGAAACGACACUUGAUAUGGAUAGCGACGAAAGAUACGCCAACAGUUCACUCAAAUUGACCUCACUUUGGCAGAUCACAAAUGGGAAAAAGUUUGCACAAUUGAUUUUCAGUGGGGAUAGCUUAAUCGAUUGCGAAUUUCUCAAAGAUGGUGGAGAUAUUACAAUAGAAUUUGUGGACAAAUUCCUUGAAGAUUAUAACUUUAUUCGUCAUCAAAGACUUGACGACUUUGGAUACAUAAAGCAUAAUAAAUAUGAAGAAAGUCUGAAUUUGGAAGGAAAUUUUCUCAAUCUUAACUCAAACAUUUCUUUCACUCACCUCAAUCGGUUACAAGAAAUCCCAGAACGCUUCUUGGAACUCAUGAAUUUAAAACAGAUUCAGAAAAAGUGCAAUCAACUGCAUAAACAAAUCAGACACAAAAUAAGACAUGAGAGCGAGGAUGAAACGGAAUUUAAGGUCGAGAAUACGAAUGGAAGAACGAAACGACAGACUGACAAUUGGUUCAUAGCUCCUGGAACGAGAUGGUGCGGUAGUGGUCGUUCUGCUGACAAAUACAAAGACCUUGGACCUUCAAGUUCAGAUACAUGCUGUCGAAAGCAUGAUCAUUGUCGAGUUACUAUUCCCGGCUUCAAAACAAAAUAUGGCUUGUUCAAUAUUCGUCCAUUUACAAUAAGUCAUUGCAGAUGUGAUAGAAGAUUUAGAACGUGCUUGAAGAUGGCUGAUGCAAGUGAUGCUAAUAUGGUUGGAAAACUCUUCUUCAAUAUUGUUCAAAUUAAAUGUUUUGUGCUUAAACCAGAGAAAAGUUGCAUUUUAUAUUCUUGGUGAAGAAAUUUCUUCAACUCUGAAAAAGAUCAAGAAGAUGAAACUAAUAAGAAAAUAGAAGAGAUUUUAAAGGAACUCAGAGGUUCAAAUGAUAUCCAAGGCUUAAUUAAAUCAACUGAUCAUUUGAAACAGGCUGUUAAUACAAAUGAAGAUUCUUUCUUAAAUAAAUGUACAAGGAAUGAAGGAGUUGUAACAUCGCUUGGCACAUCUUCUGGAGUUAUCAACUAUAAACACAAUUUCCAGAAAUCUUACACAGAAGUUGAAUGGAGUAAAAUAAGAGUUGGAACUAAAUUGAAUUUCACAGUUUUCGAAGGAACUGUUAGAUCCAUUCAGUUAAUAGAAGAUUGGACUGAAAACUUUGAAGAAAUGAAAGUCCCAGAAAAAUCCGUUGAAUGUUCUACUGAAUCUAGAACAAUCAUUGGCAAUAUUAUCAAAAUUCAAGAUGAAAUUCUUCAUUUAGAAACUGGAAGUGAUCGAGAGCUUUUUGUACCAUUACACGAUUAUCCUGAUCUUAAAUGGUUCUUCGUGGAAGGCGACGUUCUUCGCUUGGAAUGCAUCAUUGAGAAUGAUGAUAAUUCAUGGAAUCCCACAAAUGGAUGUUUUGGCAACAUAAUCGAUGUGAAAAGUUUAAAACCAAACCGAGAAAAACAUGAAAUUGGUCUUGUAACGGCUGUUUUAAAUAAUUAUGCUAUCAUCGAUGGAUCUGUGAUUGUAAGCUUUGCAUUUACGAGUGAACAACCUAAGCUUGGAUCUUAUUAUGAGUAUGAAGCAGUUGAAACGUCAACAAUGUUAGAUGGACGUGAAUAUAGAUGGAGAGUUUCAAAGUUUUUGAACAGUGUCAAGGAUAAAUCAGAAGUUGAUAAAAUCGAUGAGUACAGCAAGAUUCACAUGCACAUUUCACCCUUUGAAUGUCAACAAAGUAAAUAUACCAACACUAAGUUUGUUCAAAUCCUUAAUGAAUCUUCGCAGCCUGUAACUCUUCAAUCUUGUGAAAUCACAUCAAAUUAUGGUUUAAUUAAGCUUGAUAAAACUAAAUAUAAUUUCACUUUGAAACCCAAGACAGGGAGUUAUAAAAUUUAUUUUAAAAUUAACUGCAACACUUGUGGUUCGUUUAAAGAAGAAUUAACUGCAGAUUUUGGAAUAUUUAAGAGAAAAGGCGAAAUUCUUCUUCAUAUUUACGGGAAAUCAAACGAAACACAUCAACCUGAUAAUCAGCUGCAUCUCAGUUUGAGCAGACAACUUAUUCCUGGUGUAAGAGUUCGUGAUACGCCAAGAUUCAUUGAAAUUCGUAUGAGAGAUUAUGAAAUUCCUCCUGAACUCCGGGAAAUAGAUUUUAGAAAGCAGACUGAACUUUUGCUUCAUGAAAAUCUCAUCCCUAAUUUCCCAUUUCUUAUUGAAGACUUAAGCCCAUUAAAUUACAUUCAAAAAAUGCGAUAUUUUCUAUUCAUGGAAGAAUUAGCGAUGGAAAUUCAUUUCUCAAGAUAUAAAAUCGAUCGUGGACACUUUGAGAACAAACAAGAAUAUCUGCGUCUUGAAAUUGAAGGUGUAGCUGAAAAGCGGCCUUCGAUAUCAAUUGGAGAUUUCAUUCACGUGUCUGAUGCUUUUGAUAAGAAAAAGGAAACAAUUUAUGAAGGCCACAUUCACAAAGUAGAACAAAAUGCAAUUCUUGUUAAGUUCCAUCGAGAUUUUCAUCAAACACACAACCGAAAAGAUUACAACGUACAAUUCUUCUUCUCUAGAACUUCAUAUAAACGUCAACAUCAUGCACUUAAUGUUGCUAUAUCAGAAAUAGGACAAGGAUAUGAUUUUCUUUUUCCCAAAAUGAAGUCUGCUAAUAAAUUACCUCAAGUUGAUGCUGAAAUAUCAACGAAAGGGAAAAUAUUAAUUAACGGAAAACAACAUGAUUGGUUUAAUGAGAAGUUGAACAAAUAUCAGAAAAAUGCUGUAAUAAAUAUUCUUCGUGGAGUUUGUCGUCCACUUCCUUACAUAAUUUAUGGACCACCAGGAACAGGAAAAACUCAAACUGUGAUUGAAUGUAUUGAACAAAUUUCAGAUAAGAUGCCAUGGUCAAGAAUUAUUAUUGCAGCUCCAUCAAAUUCUGCUGCAAAUAUUAUUGUUGAACGACUCAUUUCUUCAGGUCGUUACAAAGGGGGCGAUUUUGUUCGUUUUGUCAGCUUCAAUCAGAUUGAAAAGAAUUUAAUUCCGGAUCAUUUAAAGAAAUAUUGUGCAACAAUUGACAUUGGAUUUGAUGGAGGAAAAGCAAGUAACAUGACAUCGACGGAAUGUGGAUUAAAAUUAAAUUGUUCGAAGUCUGUUAUUAUUCAAUAUAAAAUUUACAUCUCAACAUUGAGUAGUUUGGGUCCACUAAUGCAAAUUAAAUUUUUGGAAGAUCAUUUCACACAUGUUCUGAUAGAUGAAGCGGGACAAUGUGUAGAAGCUGACACAUUAAUUCCAAUAUCAUUUGUGAGUAGAAACCGCGGUCAAGUGAUUCUUGCUGGUGAUCCAAAGCAACUUGGACCAGUAAUUGUUAGUCAAGUUGCGAAGAUUUGCGGUCAAGAGAAAUCAUUCUUAGAACGUUUAUCCGAACAUGAAUAUUACUUGCCAAAAGAAAAUGUUUAUGAUUGUCGAUUCGUCACAAAAUUAAAGAAGAACUAUCGAUCACUUCCAAGCAUUUUACAUGUCUACAAUACAUUGUCUUACGAAGGUGAACUUGAAGCAGAAAUUAACGAUGUAGACUCGGAAGAAAUCAAACUUCUUCAAUCUAUUGACAAGAUUUUAUGGAAUCGUUCAACAGCGGUACCUAAAUGUGGAAUUUUCUUUAUCAAUGUUGAUGGAACAAACCAACGAAGUGUCGAAUCUUGUAGUUGGAUGAAUAACGAAGAAGCUGCAAAAAUUUUCAUUUUCAUUUGUCAACUUAAGAAGGCUGGAGUUGAUAUGAAAGAUAUAGGAAUUAUUACACCGUAUGCACUUCAAGUUAAAAAUCUUAGGCGAAUUGUUACUGAAACUAUGCCAGAUUGUGGACUUAAAAUUGGUACAGUUGAGGAAUUUCAAGGCCAAGAACGUAAAAUUAUUUUAGUAUCAACAGUUCGAACAAAUCCGCAGCAUCUUAAAAGUGAUCAGCAAUUCAAUUUAGGUUUUCUCAACUGUUCAAAACGGAUGAAUGUUGCCAUUUCAAGAGCGCGAGCUCUACUUGUUGUCUUUGGAAAAGGGUCAGUUUUAGAUCGUGAUGAAAAGUGGCGGAAUCUUAUUAAUUUUACCAAGGAUAAUGGAACACAUAUACGUCAAAUAACUAUGGAGAGUGGAGGUGUAUCGAAUGAACGAUGGAAUAAAGCUGUAAUCGGCUUAUCACCAGAUUUUCUACGUUUAGUACCACAGAACUUUCAAGAAUCUGUGGAUAGAGAAGCAGCUAUGGCCUUACAACAGCAAUAUGCCUGUCCUAUUGGACUUGCUGCAAAUACAAUUGGAAGAUUAAGUAUCACGAUUGCUCAAGCAAAGUUGGCAAAGAACUAUGGUUUAACUCGUAUGGAUCCAUAUGUAAGGAUACGAGUCGGUCAUUACAUUUAUGAAACACAAACUGAUCCUAAUGGAGGAAAGACACCAAGAUGGAAUAAAGUUUUCCAUACUCAACUUCCAGCUGGUGUCAAUAAAAUCUUCCUCGAAAUUUAUGACGAAUGCAAUUUCACUGUGGACGAGCUCAUAGCAUGGGCGGAAGUGAAAAUUCCUGAUGUUGUACUCGAACGAGGAGAGACACAUGAUGACUGGCAUGCAUUGAGUGGUAAAAUUGGUGAUCAUAAAGAAGGACACAUUGACUUAGUCUUGAGCUUUACAUCAGCAGCAGCGCUUGCUGCUCAGAGACCAGUUCAACAACAACCUGUAGUUUUUCUUCCAAACGUUUCGGGACGAGCUCUACCAGUUUAUGUUCAACAGCCUGGAGCUCAACCACAACAAGCAGUGCCACAGCAGCCACCACCUGUACAGCCAGUUACAGAAGAAGAUAUCGCUAAUUUGAUGGAAAUGUUCCCAAGCGUGGACAAAGACUGUAAAAGUUUAGUAAAAAGCCGAAUAAUGCAGAAAGUUGGGGACUUAAAAUUUAAACUUAAAAAUUUAAAAGACAAUUUGUUGAAACAACCUAUUCAAAUACCUCAGAUGGGGUUUUCCGAUCACAAUAUCCAUAAUAUUUCAAUUGUUCCCCAAUCCUAUCUCAACACACGAACCAAAAGUGAAAAAGAUGAAACUGACGGUGUUAAAAGUAACGAAAGCACAAAAUUAUCAGAUCAAGAGAUUCUGGAGUCCACAGAAGCUAUAUAUUUUACAGAAGAUGUUGAUACUGGUAUUUAUGAAUUGAAAAAACUUUCAGAAAAAGGAAAAGACUUUGAUGUUGAGGAUAUCGAACAAAUAAUGGCUAAGCUUAAAAGUCAACAUAAAGUUAUUUCAAAGAAAGCUCUUCAAAUGAUUCUUGAGAAAAGAAAUGAGUGCAAUUUAGAAUUCCAAAAUAUCAAUCAGACUGAAAAAAUUGUUCAAGAAUCUAUGUGGGUUUGUCAGAAAGCACGUUCGUAUCUUAGCUUCGCAAAAAAACAUUUGGCAACUUCAAGCCUCGAAAUCUUAGCAGCUUACAAGAAGCGACAAACAGUUCUUCAUAUUCUUGAAAUCUUAAAAUUCUUUCAAGAACUUAAAUUGACAAAUCAAAAAAUCAACAAUCUUCUGCAGUCUGGAAGCUAUUCAGAAGCAAUUCAAAUAUUGUUACAAAACAAGAAUCAAUCUGAGCAAUAUAUUGAGUUUACAUGUACAGAAUCUUUGAAACAAAAGCUUCAAGACACUUUGGAUUUGACUGAAGUUUCACUUGAUAACGCUCUCAAUGGAAUCACACAAAACUUCGACUCGAAUACUUAUUCAGAACUUAUUAAUGCUUAUAAACUUCUUGGAAAGACGCAUCUAGCAAUGGAUCAACUUCACAUGAAUUUCAUAUCAGCAACUCACACGACAGCUUUUAAUGUUUUAAAAGAAAAUCUCGAUCAAAUACCGACCGAACAAAAAUUAUUAUUUGAGCAAAUGUGUGAAAAUCUUCGACUUGAUAAUCUCGUUCCGUGUCUUGCACAACUCAGUAAAUCAUUCUGGAGGAUUCUUGUUUGUUAUUAUCAAGUGAAAUUGUGGCACCAAAACUAUAAACUCUACAAAUGUAGUCAAUCGUCGUCAUCGAAAGAGCAGAAGGAAGAUUUGUUGAAUGAUGAUUACAUUCAUGAAAAGCUUCGCAAAGGACAAUUGAGAAUUUGGAGUGACAUGCAAGCCAAAUUUUGUACUUUCAUUCAAAUCACAAGACUAAGUCAUUUAAAAUAUGAAAAUUUCAUUCAAGUGUUGUCGAUUAUUCAACGAAUGAAAAAAGUUGGAAAUGAAUUUUGUGAUGACAACUCACAAAAAAUGAUUGAAGUGAUGAAAAAUCAAUCGACAGAGUUUUUCAAACGUUACCACAUUUCCUGUCUUGAUGAAGUAAAUUUAUUCAUUGAACAUGAAGUUUGGAUUCAAGUGCAAUCAUUCAGUAGUGUUUUGCAACUUCAAGAGUUCCGAAUGGUGAAACGUGCUUUGAAACGACAUUAUUUGGAGAAAAAAACUGGUGAUGGAGAAACCACUGCAGUGCUUACAGUCAAUAACAACUCUCCAAGUAAGAAGAGUCGUGAUAUGAUGAUCGAUGAUUCAUCAGCAAACUCUCAAGAUGAGAGUUCUAUUUAUGGAUCUUGUGGAUAUUUCAUUCGAUUCUCCGAGAAAAGUUCGCCUUUUGAAAAUCUUUACGAUCAAAAAAUGAUUGAAGAAGAUAUUUUAGCUGGAAUUGCUGAUGAGACUUCAUGUUAUUAUUCCGAAGAUAGCAGUGAUAAUGACAAUGAAAAUGUCAAUCAAAUAUCAUCUGGUGAUGAACAAAUCACUUCAUCUUUGACUGUCAACAACACUAGUCUCAAUAUUUUAAGAAUUAUUGGACGAUAUUUGCAAAUGUGUCGACUUCUCUAUGGAAUUUCAGCUCAUAUAAUUUAUUCCAUGACAGAACUUAUAGAUUUCUAUAUUUAUGGUGUUUAUGAGAUAUUUGGAAAAGAUCUUUUGGUUUCCGGUGAUGCAUUGUUGUCACCAAUUCUCAACAAUAAUUUAAAACGAACUUCGGAAUUAAUCAUUUCAAAAGUACGCAAAUGGCCACCAUCAAUGCAAAUGAUCGAAGCAGAUUUGAAAGAUCCUGAACAAUUCUAUGCUUUAGCUAAAAGAAUAAAUGCGGUUGAGAGUUGUAACUCCUUAAUCCAUCACUUCACAUUCCUACAUGGAUAUUUGAGUCAUUUAAUCGAUUCGACUAGAAGCAGUCAUGAAGAAAUAUCGAAUGAGAGACAAUCAUUGAAAAGUUAUAUUGAAGAGACUCAAUUGAGUGUCAAAGACAUGCGAAAGCCAAUUUUCACUUGUAUCACUUCACGAGCAAUUGACAUACAAGCAACAAUCAUCGCAAUCAAUAAAAUUAAAUGGGAUGUGUCGCAUGUGAAUGUUCAACAUAAUUCUUAUAUCGAAGUCAUUAAUCGGGCAACGCAACUUUUUGCCCUUCGUCUUGAAGAAAUUUCGCAAUCAAUGACAAUUCCAAAGGAAGCAUUGUGGGACAGUUACUGUCAUGUUGUAACUCAUGUACUUGUUGAAGGCUACUCGAAUGCUAAGAAAUGUUCAGCUGCUGGUCGUGCACUUAUGCAAUUAGAUUUCACUCACUUCUUAUCAGUAUUGGAACAAUUAUCAGGAAUGAAACAUCCAGUGCAUCAACAAUAUGUCGAUCAAUAUUUGAAAGCGUUUUACUUGGGAAGUGCUUUAGAAGAAUUCAUCACAACACAAAACAAUUACAGUUUGAAGCACAAGACAGGUUUGAUAGUUUGUGCUUGUAAUGAUAAAAAGUUGCGACAAAAACUUUUGGCAUUAGUUGAAAUUUCGAACGAAUCUAAAAAUUGAUUGACUUGACAAUCAUUUUAAAUCUCUUUUUAUUCUGUAACAAAAAUCUCAUUUUUGGUUGUUUUUUUUUAUUAAAUAUUUACUUAAAAGAAUUUUCUUCUUGUUUAUUGAAGUUUUCUAACAAAUAUUUUACGUACUUAGAAGUUUUCUUCUGUGUUUAAUUGUCAUUCCAUUUACAUUUCCUUUCCAAACAUAAUUUAAAUUCAAAAUAAAUAAAUAAAAAAUCGAAACAUGAACAAGUUGUGAUCGUUG